CCGAUUGGCCGAAGGAUGCCGGGAGCCUUCCGGGGCGGACCGCGGGCACUUCCGGCGGCGAAGAGGGAAGGCGGCAAGAUGGCGGUGCAGGCCGUGCACCUGGAGGCCGACGCGUUCCUGGUGUGUCUGAACCACGCGCUGAGCACCGAGAAGGAGGAGGUGAUGGGGCUCUGCAUCGGAGAGGUGGACACCAGCAGGAUCGUGCACAUCCACUCCGUGAUCAUCCUGCGCCGCUCCGACAAGAGGAAGGACCGCGUGGAGAUCUCCCCCGAGCAGCUCUCGGCCGCCUCCACCGAAGCAGAGAGGUUGGCUGAGAUGACAGGACGCCCGAUGCGAGUUGUGGGCUGGUAUCAUUCUCACCCUCACAUUACGGUCUGGCCAUCACAUGUAGAUGUCCGCACACAAGCCAUGUAUCAAAUGAUGGACCAGGGUUUUGUAGGGCUUAUCUUCUCCUGUUUCAUUGAAGACAAAAACACAAAGACAGGCAGGAUUCUCUACACCUGUUUCCAGUCCAUUCAGGCCCAGAAGAGCUCAGAAUACGAAAGGAUUGAAAUUCCUAUUCACGUUGUCCCCCAUGAAACUAUUGGGAAAGUGUGUCUGGAAUCAGCUGUAGAGCUGCCCAAGAUCCUGUGCCAAGAAGAACAAGAUGCCUACAGGAGGAUUCACAGCCUCACCCACCUCGACUCCGUAACCAAGAUACAUAACGGCUCAGUGUUCACAAAGAACCUCUGCAGCCAGAUGUCUGCCAUCAGUGGGCCCCUCCUUCAGUGGCUGGAAGACAGGCUGGAGCAGAACAAGCAGCGAGUGCAGGAGCUGCAGCAGGAGAAGGAGAAGCUCCUGGAGGAACUGGCUGCUUUAGACUGAAGGAGGAAAUACAGAUCCUUCAGGAAAUAAAAUAAAAAAGACAUGAAUAAUCAACUCCACGGGACCUACUUGUGGCUGCAGGGUGGCCCCACGUUGCCUUCCAAUGAAGAUAUGAGGCUGUACCUCUUGUUUUGCCCCCUGCAGCAAAGAGCACUUCUGUGGGAUAAAGGUUCUGUGUACCCCAGCUUGAUGGAGAGCAGCGAUACCUCUCUGGAUGCUGCAUUGUGCAGUACAAGUUGAGCUCUGUGCUCGGGUUAAGCAGCAUCUCUUGUCAGAGAAGAUUUCAGUUCUGGAGGGCAUAGACAUAGGGAACAUGUUGUUUCCCCUCCCCUACAAUUGGACAGAAGUCUUUCUGCUUGUAUGCCAGAAGCCUAGAACAGGAGCAUUAGAGGGGAAAGGAGUUACCGUCUGUCUCUGCUGUUGUGUCUGAUGCUGCCAACUUACGCUCUCUCUUAGUAGCUUCAGUUGACCACGAUUGUACAUUGAUUACUAAAUGGUUCUGGGUUACUGGUUAGGUAACAGGGAAGCCUGGAAACAGACCUGGAAGAGCUUUGAUGCAGGGUCUGUGCUCAGUGUACCUCAACCCAAAUAAAAACUUCCAAAGCAAAAGCU